AUGGCGCUGUGGUGGGCGAGGGGAGCGAGCGGGAGAGUCUCAGCAGACAAGUCGGUGGUGUAUGGCCCAGCUCUGAGAAGCAGAAUCGUGACACCAGCUAGGUACCUCUUCAUCCAGGCUGCGGACGAGGACGGGGUGAACUUCACGAGCUCAGCGGGUGCGGGUGCGUUCAGAGUUCAGGUUCACAUCCUCGUUGGGGGGAAGAAGAAGCAGCUCAAGACCGAGGUCCAAGACAGGGGGGAUGGGAGCUACCAGGCAGUGUUCUGGUAUGGCAUCCAGCCUGAAGCGCUCAUCAUCUCGGUCACCACGAAGGAGGGCAAGUACGUGAGGAAGGAGGGAGAGGAAUCAGCGAGGUCUGGGCCCAUCACGCUCAAGAAGGUGGAGGUGGAGCAGUGCUACUGUCCGGAUCCUGAUCCUGAGAGAUGGGCGAAGAGUUAUCAAUGCAGGGAGGAAGAGCCGCAAAUCUCUCGCGACUUCCAGCAGUUUGAGGGGAUCAGCAAUGCAGGGCUCGAGGACAUGAAGCAGAUACUGCGGAGGAACGACAGCAACUGUUUUGUGCAUUACGUGGUUAGGAACAAUGAACUGUAUGGGAAGGCCUACGGGAAGUACCAGGGUUUCAAGAAGUACACGGAUGACAUGUUGCUUUCGCUGAUGAGGAGGGUGGUGGUGCCUGAUGUUGAGUUCCUGUGGAACGUGGGAGACUGGCCGUUGACCAACAAGUCUUCCCCUCCCUUCCCCGUGCUCUCCUUUUGUGGCAGCGCGAGCUCCUACGAUGUGAUUGUCCCGACGUACAAGCUGUUCCUGUCCACUGUCUUCGGGAAAGACCUUGAGAACGUCAACGACGUGGACGGGAAAUGUUACACGGCAGGAGGAGGGUGGGAACGAAAGAUCGGGAAGCUCUUCUGGCGAGGAAGAGACUCAAACCCACAGCGGGUGAAGUUCGUGGAAGGGAUUGCGUCAGAGCAUCGAGAUCUGAUCGAUGCUAAUAUCAGCAAGAACCACAUGAAUUACUACCCGUCGGAGGAGGAGCGGAUGCGAGACAAGCUGCUGCAGGCCGGAAAGAAGGUGGAAAGAGUGAACUUUCUGUCCUUCUGGCGCUACAAGUACCUCCUCAGCCUGGAUGGGACGGUGGCGGCCUACCGCAUGCCUGCGCUGCUCGCAGGAGACUCGGUGGUAGUGAAGCAGAGCUCUGAGUGGUACGAGCACUUCUACUCUGAGCUGCUGCCCUUCACGCACUACAUCCCCGUCAAGGAAGACCUCUCGGACCUCCUCCUGCAGCUCCACUGGGCCAGGUAG